AUGAAGCCUCCAAUAUCCCGUGCUAAAAUGAUGUCUGUAACAAAAUCAGCCAUCAAAGCUAUCAAGCUUUACAAACACGUUGUCCAAAUUGUGGAGAAGUUCAUAAAAAAGUGCAAGCCAGAAUUAAAAGUGCCUGGUUUAUAUGUGGUUGAUUCCAUUGUUCGACAAUCACGCCACCAGUUUGGUGUUGAAAAGGACGUCUUUGGGCCCAGAUUCUUAAAGAACUUCACAGAUACUUUCCAAAACCUUUACCGUUGUCCAGAGGACGACAAGACUAAAAUCGUCCGCGUCCUAAACCUGUGGCAGAAGAAUGGGGUGUUUGACUUGGAUAUCAUCCAGCCUCUAAUGAGUAUGGCUGAUGGUGUCAGUGCCCUUCCUCCCACACUGGAAGUUCCUGUCGACCUCCAACCAAAGACUCAGCCUCCUGUUUCUAACGCCUCGGUCGGAUCUGCUCUGCCCAAACUCCCCAGUCCCGACGCUCUGGCCGCCGUGGCCCAGCUGUUUCAGUCCCCCCACGGCCAGGAGCUGCAGAGGAUGCUGAAGAACUUUCAGCAGGCAGAUAAGACGCUGGCAGCCAGCAACUCGCUAAACCCGCCACAGAGGCCAGGGGCCCAGCCCAACGCUUACUGCGAACAAACCGAGAAGAAAAACUCUUUAGCCGAGGACAGGAGUGAAAGAGAGAAGGACAGAGAACGCAGACAGAGGGGUCUCCCCAGCAUAAAGAGCCAGACACUCAGUGUUUGCAGCACUACUCUUUGGGUUGGACAGCUAGACAAGAAAACGCAGCAGUCUGAUGUGAUGUCCCUGUUGGAAGAGUUUGGCCAGAUUGAGUCCAUCAAUAUCGCUUGGGCUUUGAACAAAGGUAUAAAAUCAGCUCACAAAAAGUUCUGGGAUGUGGAGCGGGGAGUUACAUAUAUUCCCUGGAACAAAGUUAAAGUGGAGGAGUUGGACAGCUUUCGUGAAGGGGGGAUGCUGGAUGCAGAGUCGCUAAAUCCUGGUAAAAGCAUAUUUAUUCUUCUUAUUUAUUGUAUUUUAUGA